CUCAAGAAUGAGCUGUCCCUUUUGAUGCGCCACUCGGCACGUAUGUCUGACCAGCAGCAGUCGGAGCCACUACGAGUGCGGGUCAUCCGUGCACAUCACAAUUCUAUUGCUGUUGGUUAUGCUCACUUUGUCUGCUGCUACAGACUGAAGGAAAGCCUGGGCUGGCAACUGAUGUGUACUUCUCCGCGCAUGGAUGCCGCAAUCCGCCAUGUUGCACUAAAUACGAAAUUUGGCGCGCAGAGUAGCGAGAAAAUGCUUGCUGUAGCACUAGUGAACAAUGCAAUUCAUUUAUGGAACAUCUCCGAAGGGCAUUUCGACCUCGGAACUGAAAUUGGCAUUCUCUCUGUUGCUAUUGACAAGCUGUUCUUCAUUGGAAGCCAGCUGGUGGCAUUAAGCAAAAUUGGCAAAGUUGGAAUCUGGCAUUCGAUGACGCAUAAUUGGCAGGUCCAAGAUGUGGUACCCAUAUCGUGCUACGACACAGCCGGAUCAUUCUUGCUUCUUGGUUGUACUAAUGGAUCUAUCUAUUAUAUCGAUAUGCAAAAAUUUCCAUUGCGCAUGAAAGACAACGAUUUGUUAAUAACGGAGCUUUAUCGUGAUCCAAAUGCCGAUGUUAUCACUGCUAUAAGUGUUUAUCUGACGCCGAAAACAACUCUGUGUGGCAAUUGGAUCGAAAUUGCUUAUGGAACUUCAAGCGGUAGUGUCCGAGUAAUUGUGCAGCAUCCAGAAACAGUCGGUCAUGGUCCACAACUUUUUCAAACUUAUACUGUUCAUAUAUCUCCUGUUACUCGCGUUGCACUGACCACUAAUCAUCUUAUCAGCGUUUGCAGUGAAUAUAAUCAUGUGAGGUCAUGGGGUGUAACACGUUUUCGUGGAAUGAUUUCAACGCAGCCCGGUAGCACAUCCUUGGCAUCAUUUAAAGUUCUUACACUAGACAGUACUGAUGAUGGGCUUGAUCCAGAUGGAAAUGAUCCAGGACCAUUUGGUGACCAGGACGGUGAACAGGUUUUUGUGCAGCGAGUGGUACCUGAAACCAACCAAGUUUUUGUCCGACUAGCAUCGAAUGGCGAUAGGUUAGUGUGUUUGAAUAACCUUAAGUGA